AUGGGUGCUGCUUACACUAUUUUCGGAAAACAAGUUCCAUCACACAUUCUUGCAAUUCUUACUUUGGGUACUGCUGCUGGUGUUAUUGCAUACCCUCGUGGUGGAGAUGCCAAGGCUACUCCAACACCAACCCCAGCUCCUGUUUCAGCUUCUAAGGAAGAAGACUUUGACUUGGAAAAGUGGGUCAAUGAUUUAUCUAAGGAAGAAUCCAAGUAG